CCGGUUCUUCUUUUCUCCACCGCAGGACUCCCCAAAGCAGGCGCUUGUCGUGAUUGGUGUGGCGGGCUUCCGGGAGUUGUCUUGCAAGACCGCCUUUCUUCUCCUCUUCUUUGUUUCUUAUCUCGUUUCUUCGCUAAUUUUACUCGGUGUUUUUCCCUCUCCUCGAUCGCUUUUCCUCUGUCUUGCUCUCCACCUUCUAUAUCUUUUUUUAUUUCCUCUGUCUCGUUUUCUCGCGUCUCCUUUGUCUGCCCUUGCUCUCUCGCCUGUCUCCUCUCCUCCUCCGCCUCUUCUCUCUCUUCUUCUUUUUUACUUUCUCCAGCGCUUCUUCCCCCCUGCUCUUUUCACCGUUUGUUCCACAGUUUCCUCCCUUCUGCACUGCCUUCUCUCUCCGCGCCUUCUUGCUCUCCCCUCGUUUUUUCCUCUCUUCUCCGUCCUCUCUCUGUGUGUCUCCUUUCUUGUCUUGUUUCUUUCAAGAUGGGUGAAGUCAGCGACGACUUCAUCGUCCUCGGUCCUGCUGAGGACAGCGGAGACUUCCGUCCGUGGAAAACAAGUCUCGAAAGCAGAGAUAGUACCUCUUCUUCCUCUUCUGCCUCUUCUGCCUCUUCUGCCUCUUCUGCCUCUUCUUUCUCUUCUUCUGCCUCCCCUCCUUUCUCUUCUUCCUCCUCUAUGGGGCGUGAGGCGACGGUCUUGGCGCGCAUCUGGCGACGGCGGAGGCAGACCUCUCCCUGCCUUCUUCAGCCAGGAGAAGAAAGCGGAAGUCCGCGGAAAGGAGAAAGAGGUGGAACGCAGGGCGAGGCAGGGCGAGGAGACAGGCAAGACGAGAGGACAGAGGAGACGACUGACGAACAGUGGGAGAUGAAAGGGAGCGAACACAGACUGUUGCUUCUUCGAGGAAAGCUGAAAGGGCCUUCUCUGGACGGCCUUGCGCCGAGUCGCGAGCUCCACUUGAAGGACUUUUGGACAGACGAACAAUGCUCACAUUUCCUCGCCUUCUUGCCUCCCAACAGCGUCAUGCUCUGCAACCAGGACUUCAAGCUUCAACUCCUCUGCGCCUCCGCUGCCGCUACAAAUAAAGUCCUCGCUCUCACGCGACCUCCUCCAUCGCGUCCGUCUUCUUCGCUGUGCGCGGACACCGAGGAUGUUUGUAGCGCUGUUGAGCUUCUUCCUGACAGGGAGAGUGAGACAGCGGAGGAGAGGCGAGAGAGACUGUGCGAAGAGCCAAAGAGGGGAAGAGAGGGUGAGGAAGGAGAAAACGGCGCCGUCGGAGAGAGAAGGAAGAAGCUGCAACAACUCUCUCCACUGUUCGACCAAGACGCUGAGGACAGACAAGCCUUCCCGAAAGUGAAACAGUCGCGACCCAGUUCAACAACUUCUCCAGUUCUCGCCUCUACCUCUUCUUCCUCUACCUCUUCAUCUUCCUCUUCUUCUCUCCAGUCGGUUUCUGCGACUUCCUGCUGUCGCGUUUCUUCUUCGACGCCCUCUUCUCGCUGCGCCUCGAUGCUUGCCGAGAGAGACUCGAGCAGCGGCGCAGCCUGGAACACACAAGAGGAGCCUCGCGCCUUGCAUGCAGGUUCGUCGCCUCAAGGAGGAAGACGCGACAGGCGAACUGAAGUUCGUCCAGACCGACAGGAAGGCGAACGAGACAGCGCAGUUGUGGUCGUCGACAGCGGGGAUGAAUCCGUUCCUCGACCAUGCAACGGUGACGAAAUGGUGCUCCCGAGCAGCAGAUGCUCCUCUCCUCUCUCGUCUGUCUCUCCUUCCUCUUCCUCCUCUUCCUCCUCUUCGUCCUUUUCAUCUUCCUCUUCAUCUUCCUCUUCAUCGUCCUCUUCAUCGUCGUCUCUUUCUUCUUCUUUCUCUGGUGCUUCUCCGUCCUCGGUGUCUUCGCUUCUCGCGGCCUCUGCCUCUGGGGUCCAGCGCCGUCUGUCAGCUUCUUCUUCUUCGCCGACUCGUAGGCCUCUGUCGCCGUCUGUCUCUCAGCGUUGCAGCAGUUCUUUUCUGCGUUCGCGGCGCGUCCUGUCUCCGCAUUUCUCUCUCGAUGGAGGCUCCAGGAGCCGCGGGGGUCUGAAGAAUCUGGGGAACACCUGCUACAUGAACGCAGUGAUUCGUCUCCUCGUUGCCGCGCAUGAUCACACACUCUCGCUCUUCUUCUUUGCCAAGUUUUUCGGCCGCCCCCGAAGCGCGGAGGACCCAGCUGCGUCGCCGCCAGCCUGCGCGUCGUCUGAGGAUCUCACGCUGGCGUCGAAAUUCUUUUCGCGCGGGCCGAGUCUGUUUCCUCGCCGGCCUCUGUUCAACGCGUACCUCACCGUGGCGUUUCGCCUGCUGUUGGGAGACUCGGGUGCAGCAGUUAAUCCAGGCUACCUGAAGAAAUGCGUCGACGCGUCUCUCCCGCUCUUCGUAGGAAACCAGCAGCAGGACGCCCACGAAUUUCUGUGCAUGCUGCUGGAGGCGCUAGACACGGAAAUCGGGUCUUACCUCUCGGAGAAGCGAGAGGAACUUUUCCGGAUCUUCGGGAAGGACCGCGAGCCUCUGUCUCUGUCGUCUCUCCCCUCGACUUCUGCUCUUUCGCGCUCUGCUCUGCCUUCGAAGAAAGUCGAUGGGAGAGCACAGGGUGAGGAGAUUGACAAGGCGGUUUGCUUGGAGACGGACAGAUCGAGGCGAGACCAGACCCAAGCGCCAGAGGAGGCCGAGGCCGAGAAAGAAAACGAAGGAAACGGGAACGCCCCUGCGCGGGAGCGAGGCGACGGCUGUGGAGGCUACGCGGCGCCACGCAUGCAGGCGACCGAGCAAUUUCCUUCGCAGCACCCAGGCGCAGAGUCUCGCGAACCAGCGCAGGAUCGAGCGUCAAGAGAACCGAGUUCACUGUUCACGGAGAGAGCAAGAGAUGAGGACGGGACCAGGAGAGACGAAAGACCGAGAGAAGAAGGUAUGCCCAGUCCGGUCGCGCAUCUGAUGAGAGAGACGCUGCCCAAGACGCCUUUCGCGGAAUACUUCGAGAUGACAUUGAAACAAAUUAUUCGAUGCACAUCAUGCAUGCACAGGCGCGUUCGCUUCGAGACGCCGCGUUGUCUUUCUCUCGACAUCACGCCUCCGCCGUCGCGGAGCUGUUUCGAAGGCGUCGAGAGACCAGGAGAACCGGGCUCCUCUGGUGCCUCGCCAGGCAAUUCUUUUUCUUCUUCUUCUUUUUCUUCUUCUUUUCUUGCUCGUCUUUCUGCCUCGCCGCCCAGUCCUUCGGCUUCCUUCGAUCCCUCGACUGCUUCGCGCGCGUCUGGACUGUCUUCUGUGGGUCGUCUGUUGAUGCUGCCGCAUCCUUCUUUGGGGGAUUUGCUGCGCGCGUUCUUUUCUUCCGCGACGGUCGAGUACCGCUGCGAAGAGCCAGGCUGUGGCGGACAGGCAGUUGAGAAGAUUUACCGCGUUGUGGCGCCUCCGCGACUCCUGCUGCUCCACUUGAAGCGCUUCAUGACUCGGUCGCAACUUCGAGAGUACACGGGCAGACUCCGCGGCGAGCUCCGCGCGCGGGAGACCGACCAUGGUUGCAGAUUGGAGGCGGAGGAAGGAACUCGGAGAGAGGAAGACCAGACGCGGCGGACAGCUGCAUUCGACCGACAGGACUGGCGCCUCGCCAAGGUCGAACUGAAAGUGCAUGUGCCUCUGCGGCUCACGUUGCGAAACUUUCUCGCGGACGCUCGGACGCGGGUGAGGAAGGCGCGAGCAGCGAACGAGCGAGACGCUGCGAAGCAGUCCAGAGAUCCCGAAGAAGCCGACAGAGACACACGGGAAACAACAGAGAAGCAGACAGCCAGCGCUCGUCUACCUCAAGAGAGAGAAGAAGAGCGAGGAGAAGAGAGAGAAGAAGAGAACGAGAGAGGCGAGCGAAGGGAGGAGACCGUGCGUCAGCGAAAGGGAGAUGGAGGGGAAGCGAAGGCAGGAGCCAAGAAAAGGAAGCACAAUUGGGAGGGGAAAACAGAAUCUUCUGACCGAACAAUUUAUCGUCUCAAGGCUUUCAUCACUCACCGCGGAAACUCCCCAGACAUCGGCCAUUACGUCUGCUAUUCGCGAGACUGGAGUGCUGGGGAGAAAGGAUGCUGGACUUGCUGGAACGACUCCGAAUCGACGAAGCUUGGCCCAGGUCUUCCUGCAGAGGUUCAUACAGAAGGCUAUCUUCUGCUGUAUGAACGCGAGUCUUCUCCCGAGAGUUCGCACAUUGCGUGGAAGAAGGAAGUCGAAACACUGCGCAGAUACGAGAGAAAACUGUAGCACUGUGGUUCGUCUUUCCUCGCGCUCCCAACAGAUGCGGAGUCUUCUCUCCUCUCCGCUCUCGUACCUGUCGGCAGGCCACCGAGUUUUUCCCCAUUCUCGCCCAUACAGACAUCUCUCUCUCUCUCG